CCAUCCCAUAUUCUAAGAAAAACAAAACCCUAAAUUUCUUGUUCUCUUGCUCCGCCGUGGUUAUCUUUCUCAGUCGUUCACAUCGCUCAUAUUGAUACCAUGGCCGCCGUAGAAGGACCAAUCUUGGCUCUCAUCAGCAAACGUCUCCGUACUCUCCGCAAGAAAUACAACCGUAUUACUGACAUGGAAGAGUCGAUUUCUCAGGGGAAAGUACUAAACAAGGAACAAGAAGAAACCCUCCGUUCAAAGCCAAUCGUCACCGCCCUUAUCGAUGAGCUCGUAAAUCUCCGCAUCCCUCCUCCUUCCGUGGCAGAAGAGAUCAAUCUCCCUGCUAAGGACAAGAAAAAGCCAAAGGCACGUAAAGAGGUGGCUGAGGAGGAAAACGUAACGGCCAAGACAGAUAUCGAGGAUUGCAAGAUCUCUGAUGGUCUCAAUUCUGAUGAGGUUUCCAAGGACGAUACUUCUCCUAGUAGUGAAAGCUCAGAAGGUGUUACGCCAUCGCCCCUUAGCAGAAAGGCACGACGUAAACGGAACGCGAAGAAACGUCAGACUCAGCAGCACGGACUGGAGGCAAACUUAGCAAGAAGCCUUAAAGCAAUCGACGCGAAACUCAAAUCUAACGCAUAUCCAAAUUAUGUGGAGUAAAGGAAGAUUGAAUCACUUCAACAUAUGUUAGAGCUUUACAAGUCUUACUUUGGCUAUGAAAAGUAAAGCAAACACAAUUCUUUUGUAGUUCAUUUGACUUUGAGGAUACAUUACCUAAUAGAUAUCAGAUUAAUGC